GCUUAUAGCAGACAAGUAACUUUUGUGCUGCUCGUGUAAAUAACUUUUGAUAAAUCUUUUAAGAAGUUUGUUUUUGCCAAAAGCGGAACGGAAGGAAGGAAUUUGCCAACAAAAUAAAUAAAAAUAUUUUUAAAAAUAUGAAAAUGAGCAUAAAUUGUGAUAUUGUUUUCGAUAACGAAGCCAAAUCGUAUCUCUCUGGAACCCCGGUCACGGCACAGAUUAACCUAACGUUCAAUGCAGCGACAAAAUGCCGAUGUGUUUACGUGAAAUUUAUUGGCGAAUCUAAUGUUAAAUGGACAAAGCGGCGUCACCGUAAAGGCAGACGUGGUCGUAAAGAGGAAAUAACGACAGAUUUCACAGCGCACGAAGAUUACUUUAGCAUCAAUCGAGACGUAAUCCGGAGUGACGAUGGUACAGAAAUGGAAAUGGAACCAAAACGCUACACCAACACUGUCACUUGCACUCUUCCCCACAAUCUUCCUUCGUCAUUUUCGGGUCCUUACGGAGCCGUGCGUUACUCCGUUCAUGUCUUCGCCGAUAUCGGCGGAAAAGUUGAAGAAAUUUGCGAAUCCGAGUUCAAAGUUUGGACAAUUUUGAACCUCAAUGACUUUCCACAUCUCAUGCAACCAAAAACUCUCGAAAUGACUCGCAACUUUUGCUGCUGGAUUUGGCGAAAUGGACCUUUGAACAUCUCCGCGUACAUUCCAUGCACCGGUUUCACGCCAAAUUUACAGAUUCCCAUCACAAUCGAGUGCGAAAACGGCAGCAACGUGGAUCUGAGUGCCGUGCAAGUUUACAUCAAGCAAAUUGCGACGUUUCAUUGCAACGAUCCGAAACGCGAAACGCGCGUUGAUGAACAAAAGUUGUGCGAAGCAAAGUUAGAUGGCGUUCCAAAACACACCACAAAAACGAUCCAAGGCGUUUUGGUGAUUCCCGACGUUAAACCAACAAAUUUAACGAGUUGUGCGUGCAUCGAGAUAAAACACGUGCUCAAAAUGAAGGGGGUGACAACUGGAGCGAACGCAAAUCUCUUUAAUGAAGUACCUGUAGUUCUGGGUACCGUGCCUUUUCACAAUUUCAAUUAUAACGCGUUGCCAGCGACGACAACGUCAUUGCCAAGUACGAGUGUCGGCAUCGAAAUUGGAACCGUGGCAGGAGACGCAAAUGCCAAUACUAAUGAGAAACAACAAGGUCCACCGCCGUCAUAUGCGGAUGUCGUUAAUACCGCAAGCAGUGUGGAAAUUGGUUGGAACGCAAAUAUGUCUUCGUAAAUUUACUGUGAAAUCGCUUAGCUUCCAAUGUGUGUAAUUAUUAUAUUUUUGUACGUCAAUGU